AAAGGGUGUCAAUGAAUCUUCCAACAGAGCACAGAAUGACAGAGCAAUCAGGAAAUACCUCUCACUCUGGCAUCUAAGGUUGCCAAGUAACCAGAGGGCUCGGCUGCAGCCAUGUGUAUAUAUAUUCCUAACAGCUUCUUACAGAAGACAUUCCAGCUCUGCAUAGAAACAAACCAUCAAGCGCAAUUUCACAGCACAAUGGGUAUUCUCCUGAGCACACUUCAUCAAGUUCUUAUGAACUUUUCUGGCACCAAAGCCCGAAUCCUUCUGCUUGGUCUGGAUGCAGCUGGGAAGACCACAGUCCUCUAUAAGCUGAAGCUGAAUGAGGCUGUCUGUACAAUACCCACAAUUGGAUUCAAUGUUGAGACAGUGGAGCCGAUCCGUAAUGUGACAUUUACUGUAUGGGAUGUGGGAGGCCAAGAGAAGAUCAGAGCCCUAUGGAAGCAUUAUUAUAUCAACACAGAUGGUCUAGUAUUUGUAGUUGACAGUGCUGACUGGGAGAGAUUUCCUGAGGCAAGAACAGAGCUGGAAGCCAUCCUGGAAAAUGAUGAGAUGAGAGGAGUCCCAUUUUUGGUAAUGGCCAAUAAGCAGGACCUUCCUGGAGCCAGGAGACCAAUGGAACUGGCAGAAGACCUUGGACUAAGGAAGAUUCAAGGACACCAGUGGCAUGUCCAGGGAUGCUGUGCAACUAAUGGAGAUGGACUUGUAGAGGGCUUAGAAGUUCUCACUAACCUGGUAAAACAAUUCCAAAAGUCCAAGUCAUUCUGAACACCUCAGAGAUUACCAGGAUUUUCAAUGAUUUUGAUCAACCUAAUUGACUUCAGUCUCCUUUUGCCUUGCUGGAAAUUGAGAACUUUAAUGUACUUUUACUCCAUAACCUUGGAAAGUCACUGAAAAACUCUUGUAAAAAAAUAAUAAAAAUGUAAAUUUUUGUGAAGAAAAUAUUUUUACUUCCCUCAGAAGUUUUAUUUUAUCUUGGACAUCAUCCCUAAUGUACCGGUAAUUAGACUAACAAAUUUACAUGUGGAAUGCUUUAUACUAUGUAUAAUUCUGUAUAUGAGAAUGCUUUAAUUGUAACAUUUUGUAUGCACCAGAGUAACAAGAAAUGUGUACUUUAUUUAAAUUAGGCAUAUUUUAUUAUUGUCUGCAAGCAUAAUUUGCACCAACCUUAUAGGUGAGCAGAUACUUCUUAAUAUAUAUAUAUAUAUAUAUAUAUACACACAUCAUAUUAAUGUGCUUAGGUUAUGUUUUGCUGAACUGGAUAUAAUCUUUUGGGAGGACCUUCUGUAUGAUGUGUAUCUGCUAAAUAUAUUUCUUGUUCAUUAACUUCUGCAUUGCACAGAUUGGUUUAAUGAAUUGUAAAUGAAUGGCAUAAACAAUAAAGUUGUUUUUUUCUUUACAUUAGUAUAAAA